GGUGAGAAUUCUUUGUUGCUCUUGAAUUUUGAAGUGCACCAAGCUGACCUUGUCCAGCGACCUUCCAAGCGGUCCCUUACCCCCAACAGACCCCUCUACGACUCGCUUAACGAAGCUCAUCGACAUAUUGCUCCCCCGACUCCUAAGAUCCCCAUCGAAUUCGAUGGACAGCUUGAUGAUGAGGAAAAGCUCACUCAGGAGCAAGUCGAAAACAUUUUGAGUGCCUCCAACGAAUCCCCUAGUCAGCCUCACGAGUUUACGAGUCAAAAGGCAUCGGAGAGUCCACAGCUACCCAUUGCGACUGACAUAUCUGGCUCCCAGACAGAGUUCAACCAGCCAACCUCUACUUCUGCUGUUAACCCUGAGACUGAGACGACUGCCCAUGGCCCUCGUGGUUCUCCCUCUCAGUGCUUGUCAGAUGAUGAUAACGCCUUCGUCGACAGUUCAGAAUCGUCCUUCCAGGAAUCCCAAGAGCAACCUUACCAACAGGAUCAUAUCAAUGAUCCUUUCGACAGCCAGCAUGCGGCCGCUGAUUAUCCAGACGCUUCCUCCUUCUAUCCAGAGGAUGGUGCCGACUACAGUCUGGCUUCCACCGACGAAGGUUCCAUGGACAAGGUCAAGAUUGAGCCAAAUUCUUCACCUGCUCUGGCUUCAUCCCCUGUCCUCUCCCCGCCGGCUGCAUCGAGUUCUUCACGACACACACAGCAAGUGCCCCAGUCUCCUCAUAUUGACGACGUAGUCAAGAAGGAGCCUGCUUCUGGUUACUUUGACACUACUCAUCUUUCUGGCCUGAACGGAACUCAGUACCCCAUCUUUCUUGAUCACGACGCCUUACAACCCGGCAAUAACAGGAAUCACUACCCUAUCUUCAUUGACCGCGGUGCUCUGCCCCCUCCACCAAUUCCUGCUGACCAGCCUGUUCCCACAAUUGAGCAAGCAACUCAGUCUGAGUCUGAGGCUUCUGACAAUCAGAUUACCAGCCAGGACAAAGGCAAGGCUCCAGUAAAGCUGUUGAACCCAUUUCAUGCUUUCUCCAAUGCGUCAUCCCAUGCUUCGGAUCACAAUGUCGAGCAGUCUGAGCCUGACAAGGAGAAGAUCUUUCUGCGCCCCCACGCUGAGAAGGAAGUUUCUCGUGCUCUUCAUCAUGUUACUGGACUCAGCCAGCCAUCCAGUGGUCUUAUUGGCCGUGUUCGUCCUUCUCACCUUCAGAGUUCACGUCAGUCACCGUAUCACAGCCACUCUGGUCAGCAAAAGAACGACUUUUACCAUGCACCCGCUAUCCAACCUGACUGGCAGAUCACCCAAUCUGGUAUCAAAGUUCCGGUUCCUACGUCGCUCACUGUAGACGAGAUUGGCAUGCAAGCAACAGAACCAUACAACGCCAUCGACAAUACGCGCAUGGCUACAAUUGCCUCAGAAGAUGCAGAGGAGCGUACCGGCUUAGAGGGAGAUGAGGAUUGGCGAACUGUCACCGAUGACUGCGAACUCCCUACUGGCUUUGUGGGCCGAGUCAUUACUGGCAGCAGUAUUGCCAACGUCUCAGAUGCACUUCUAGUACAACAGCAACAACAGCGUCCUGUCGCUCGCCCCACGGCUCACAACAAAGGCCGCAUGCCCACUACCGCCCCAGCCCGAUCCCGAGCAUGGUGGGAGAAGUCUACCCCUUUACCGUCGAUCCCAUCCCGCUCCGCUUCUCCUUCAUUCCCAUCUCCUCCUGGUCGUGCACUGCAGCAUAGACAGAGAAGGCAAGAUGGCUGGGAAGAGAUUGAGCUAGACCCCAUGCCAGCUCCCUACAGAGACUUCUCGUGGGAUCGUGUGCGUAAUGAUCGAGCACAACAGACUGAAGAGGCAGUACAGACCAGCCACGCCCACAACGAGUACGCCAACCUCCCAUUUCCCUUGGUUCCCCGUGAGGAUGCAGCCAGGCUUCAAGCUUUCCGUCGUGCCAGUGGCCUUGAGGACCACACCCUUUCAGGUCAUAUCGUCUCUCCUGGCUUGGCCUCUUCCUCCCACGGCAGUAGCCACGUGUACCCUCGACCCGCCUUGAGACAGAAGUCAGCCAGAUCGUUCUUUUCCCGGACUGAGAACCCAGGCUUCAAUCGCCGCAACAUCUACAUAGAUCGCCAGCAAACUCCAUUUGGGCAGCCGGCCCGCGAGUACUUCCCAACCCAGUACUCGUCGGUGUCGCGCCCCCAAACCGAUCAGACGAGGGAUGGCAGGGUCUCCACCCCCAGCAAGAUGGCAACAAUCAGCCACCAAGCUGCGGCGGAGGCCCUCGCCAUCGACCAGUCAGCGGGCCGGAGUACCUCUCCCCACCUCUACUCCUCAGAGGUGAUGGAGAGGUACCGUGCUCUCCAGGCCGUCCGCCAACUCGGCGGUCUGGGCACGGAUACCGAGCUCGCGGACAUGGCGGCGACCGUAAGAGACCAAUCUCUCUCAGAGAGUGCGGUCCGCCGUCGGGCGGUCUUCUACUACGCGGUGAUGGGGGCAACCCUGUUGCUGCCGUUCGUGGGGGCCGUCACCCUCGUCUGGUCGUGGGAUCGGGUGUUGGCGGGCCUCACCCGCAGAGAGUGCACCGGCCUCUCCUUCCACCAAAGACGCAACCUGCGCAUCAUGCUGCUUGUCGGCAUGGGCGUGUGGGUUGCGGCUUUCGUGGCGGGAUUGGUCGCGUUCCUCUCUCUGCGCGGUUGA